GCAUUUCAGAAACGUAGCUGUGGAACUCGUAUUGCUUGAUCUUUCUUGCAGUCACAGGGGUAUGUGGGCCGUAGCAUUGUAAAAUGAUUUAUGGCUUUUUUUAUGAUCAUGGGGUGGGAGGGAGAAGGGAAGGAAACCAAUCUGUGAUAGCAAAACUGAGAAAUGAGAAUAUCAGGCGGAGAAAUAUUUCACGGGUUUAAACUUUCUACAAGAUACCAGAGUUUCCCUGAGAACUAACACUUUUGGGUUUUUACCACUGUCCGGAAUCUGUUUAGUCUUGGUGACCAUGAAGACAAACUGUAGCAAGAAAAAUUGUACAUCACAUUGCGAGUGGUUGAAUGUUGGAAGCGCAGCCCACGCAAGCUGUUGGACCCGACUUUGGUGUUGGCCUUGCUUUGAGCUGGGUUUAGAUAUCCAGAUGCGCCUUCAAAUGUGAAGUGUUUCAAGAAGCCUUAAAUUAUUAGAUUAAGAAGAUUAUUUUGAGAAAAAAACAGAAUGCUUUUAUGCAUCUAUGUGUAUACCUUUUAUAUCUCAUAUUAUGUGCCUUUACUCAGGUGAAAAUUCUGUGUGUUCUGUGUAAGCUAGAGCUCUUCAUGGCAGUUUUUUAAAUAGACGGCUGUAGUGGGUGGAUUUUGUAAAGAGCCUUUAUAUUCCAAAUAACGAACUGAUUUCUGCCCUAAAUACAGAAUCAAUAUGACUUCAGAGAGCAACCUCAAACACUAGUCUGAUGUAAAAAAAACCCCAACAAACAAACACAUACACACACAACAUUUUUUAGGUAACUACCGAUUUUUCUUCCUUUACUUGAUCUUUAAGCCGCGCUCCAAGCUGCAAGCUUUAUAGAACAGAAUUUUUCUGGAGGCAUUAAAAACAAAACCAGAGUGUCCAUAUGAUGUGGUGGACAGGGAAAUGCCAGGGGCGGUUGAGAUAAAAAUAAAGCAAACUGAAGAAACACCUUUAUUCUGUAGGUUAAGGUGAAAGUGGAUAAAAGAAAAUAAUACUUUAAAAAAAAAAAAGGUUGGGCAGAAGAAAGAAAGGUAAGGAGGUGGUAUAUAUGUCAACAUUGUCAUUCAGGUCUGCAUUGAAGUAAAUAACUAUUAUGUUCUUCAUCCCACGCUCUCAGCUGCAUCUCCCUGCUCUAAUCAAUGCCUUUUUAAAAAGAUUUUACAGGAAUGAUUGUUGUCCAUUUAAUCCAGCUGUCCAUCCAAUAUUUUAACAAAGACAGUCCUGAAAGCCUUCAAACUAGACAUGAGUGGUGCGACCGAGACGCUUCUUUGUGCGCGGCAGGAAUUGCUUCUGUCAGUCCUGUUGCCGUACAAAAAAAAAAGAUACAGAAAACAAAUAUUGCUAUUUCCAAAUAGAAGAAAUGAGUAAUAGGUUGUUUCCUUGUAUGGAACUUCCAAAUCUACCUCUGCGUGGACCUUUUCUGUCUGAGAAGCUUUAUCUCUCGUCCCUACAGGGUCCCACACGUCACCGCUGCUUUCACAGGCUCUUUUCACACACAAAGCUCGAGCUCCUGCAUCUCCUCUGUUUUCAGCAGGAUCAGAUGGUGAGAGCCUUCUGUUUUGGGUGGUAGCUUCUGUUGUUUCUAGCUGAUGUAACUCAUAAAGAAGGUGUUGAGUUGCUCCUUCUAUUCAGCUUGAAGAGUACUCGGUCCUUCUGAUGGACGUAACCAGCUAUGCAAUUUAUGUGCCAUAUAAAAUAUUGCCUUGGUGACAGCCAUUAAAUUCUUCCAACAGUUCUAUCUUUCUCACUUCCUUUUCUUUAUAUGCAAAUUUAAAAAAAACCAUCCUGAAGCGCAGUUUAAAACUGUGCCAGAGUCCCUAUGAUGUCUCUAACCUGCAGAUAGAAAACGUUCUCCGUAGAGCUUAGAGCGGCCUCCCAUAGAACAUUCCAGUAUUGCCACAUCUUGUAAAAUUCUGUCUGCAAUGUCAUAGUUUUGUCAGAACUAACUGAUUUCUGCUUUAAUUUACACUUGCCUCCAUAUAUACAUAAAAUGCAGUGCAAGUCAGUGCAGUCAGUCUGAAGUUUGCCCUGCUGCUCCUUAGAAAAUGCCACCGGGAGAAGCUGAGGUGAUAAAGCCACCGGCAGCUUGCAGCAUGACUUUAUUUGUUUUCUCUUUGUAGUGAAGGAAGCCUGCUUGUAUUUCCACAAAGAAAUCACUGGGUUUUUUUAAAAUCACUUUGGCCAUUUAAUUAUAAUUCAUGACAGGGAAGCAUUUUACCUGCAUUGAAAACCAACCAGCAGACGUUGCCAUCGAUUUUUCUGUUCCCUCUUACCUGCUUAGCAGUAUGUGGAUUUCUUGUGCAAGACCUGACACAUUUGGCUGACGUGGGUGCUUAUUGCCAGGGUUGAGAACGCUGAGCACAGGGUUUUGGGCAGUUUUGCAGGUCUGACCUGUCCACAAGGUGACUCAGUAGUCGCCACAAGGUUUGAAAGCUUUAGGAGUCACCAGUAUUCAAAUCUGCCUGAAGUAGGAUGACUGAGCAUGUCAUUUCUGUGGUCCACUUAAUUUUAGGCUUUACCUUUGUUUAUCUAACGUUCUCCGGUGUCUUUGAGGUUCCUAGUAUCCAUGUUAAGGUGUUUUGUCCCCUUGUUUCUGGGGAGCCCCCCAGGAGCUGCCAUUCCUGUGCACACCGGUGCUGUUCUCCUCCUCCUCCCCGCGGGAGGAGUGGGAAGAGGAGGAAUAAAAAUUGCUUCCUAUUGUUCUGCCCGUGGUAUGGAUAGCUAUGGCUUAAAGCUGUACUCGGGGACUACAUUUAGUCAUUAAAUCUGUUGUUGCAGCCAUUUACAGUCCGGAGGUGUUGGGAGUGAUUUUAAUUUUUUUCUUCAGUCCUUCGAUGGAGGAAUUUGGCAUUAUCACACGCCGUUAUUGCGAGCCGUUCUCACACUGCUGCAUUCUAUGCUGCUUCACAUUUCUACAGACUUGUCACUCAGGCUUGGAUCUUUGCUCCAGGCUAUACUCGAAAUACAAGAUGUUAACCCAGGAGCAGCUUAUUAAAAUUUUGCCUGUGGUUUGCCUUGGAACUAGAAGAAUUUAAAUCACUCUAGUUUCUACUGACUUAGUUUGUUAAAGCCUCCGAUACCAUUCUUGACACAUGUAUUUUGCUGAUCUAGCCCAGAAUACUGUUUGGUACCUAAAUUUGCUGUUUCUGUGUCUAAGGACGUGUGGAAUGUCUGUGCAAGAUAACUUUGAUGAUUGUACUUCUGCUACUGGUUUUAUUUUUAGGAAGCACGAAGUAAACAAAAGUUCCGAGUCCUUAACUGGGGAAUAACAGCAUCUAUUUGCAUGAAUGGAGAGAUCAGUUGAUGGGGUUAAAAAGUCUGUGCUUUGAAAAAUAACGUGUUACUCACAAGUAUUUGUACUAAAACUGAUGUUUGCUAUUGAGUGGAGCAAUUAAACAUUGGUACAGUAUUGAAACGAGUUGCAGAUGAGUUCUAAAAUAAAUCUGCCUUAAGUAUGAAAAUAAUUAAUUUUUAGGGGACCGUAAUUUUGUCUUUAAAGCAGGACAAAAUUUGUGUCAAACCGCAGCAAAUCGACGUUGUCUGUAAAUGUUUAGCUUCGCAAAAUAAGAGAUGCACAGGAAAUUAGCCAUCUGAGAAUAACUCUUAAUGAACAUUUUUAGUGAGCUGGUGAUGGCAGUUUCUAAAAUAACCUACACAGCUAUAGGGAGUUGGGUGGACCGGAUUGAAAUGUGAUUUAUUUGGGGGGCGGGUGUGUGUGUGUGUGUGUGUGUGUGUGUAUCCUCUGGACUUCAAACAUUCUUUAAACCUUUGGCAUCCAGUGGGGUUUGGAGCUCGGCUGUUGGAACGAGCGGGUCCCAGCACUUGGAACCUUGACCCCCACGGCCGCUUUCCCGCUCCCACAGCCGUUCCGUUCGGGUCCGCUCGGCCCCGCUCGGCUCCGUUCGGCCCCGCUCGGCUCCGUUCCCCCGCCGCGCUGCGGGGGGCGCCGCCGGCCCGGCCGCCGUUACCAAGUGACAGCGGCGCGGCCAUUGGCGGGGCCGGGGGGGCCGGUCACCUUUGCAGCGCCCGGCUCGGCUGCAUCGGCUGGGGAGAGGAGGAGGUGGAGAGGGAGAGGGAGGAGGAGCGGACUCAGGUGCAAGCAGUAAUUUCAAGGGGGAAGGAGAGAAACAGCGACAGAAGCUCCAGCCGCGCCACAGUAAGUAGGACUCCCCUGUCAAGCAGUUCGUCGCAGCGGCUGAUAAGGAUGCGUGUAGACAAAGGGAAGGAAUAGCCGGAAAUAUUCUGGGAUGUUAUAAAAUCGAAAGGACUUUCUGUACAGCGUGGCGAUGCACGGCAGGAAAUUAACUCCAAAAAGAAUGCUUUCUCUCAAACUGCUGCAACAGAAUUGGAAAUUUUUCUUUUCUAGUACCUGAAAUUCCUCCUGAAGACACAGCAAGGACUAUCAAAAACAUCAGAAAGAUUCUGGUACUUUUAAAGAGACUUAAAGCAAACGCCAGCGUAAUAUCUGAAUGACCUUGGAGAUCAUUUUCUGUGGAUUCAUUAAUUUUCACUGCCAGUCUUCUGGUCUCAGGAACUCUAGGAUGAAAGAUGGGUUUAACAGUUUAGGGGCCUUUUAAAAAGCAAGAUUGUAUACAAUUAAUUACCUGCCUAAUGAUUCCUGAACUAAUCAAGCAUUUACUUAAAACUGAAAACAGAAGAUGCUUUCUUUUAACGUUUCCUUUCUCCAUAACUGUGAAUAAAAUGAACAAGGUAAUGUCCUGCAAUUCAAAGAACAUUUUUUAAAGCAACUGUUUAUUAUGCUGAUCGUCUAAUAAAUAUAGAAACCCUAAAACUACGUAGAAGAUGAAGCCGAAUAACAGAAUAAUGGAGUAGUAAACAAUGGCAGCUUUUCUAGUCAAAUCAGCAUUUCAUUAGCUUCCCAGCAGAAUGCAGAUGGAAGUUUCGGUUCUCGUUGUAUGAGGGUUUGUGGAAUGAUUCAGGUGUUGCUACCGAGGUGAGCAAUGUCAUGGAUAGAGCUGUGGACUCCUGUGUACUGACCCACUGAAGCAAAUAUGGCAGAGUUUCCAAAGAUGCUGAUUUUAAAUUACCACUGCUGAAGUUAAAUUCAAGAGGAUUUAUUUUGUCGGUGGGGACCUUGAAUUAUGCUUUUGGCAUUAAUAAUUGUAAUGGACUAUAAGUGUUGGAAGGAAUUGUGAAUAUUGAGAUAAGUCUCCAAAUUAUCUCCUUAAAUUAUUUUCAUUUUCAAAGGAAUAGACGUAAUCUUCCUCAUUGUAUGCGAGAUGUAUGUUUGCUUUCUUGGGAGUCAGAGGACAGACCUGCCUUGUCCCCCACCCGUCUCCCUCCAAAUAAAAUUCAUUAUUCAUACCCAAACAGUGCUAAGGUGUGCCAGAGGUGAUGCCCUGAUGCUGAGGAGGCAUCAACAGCUAUGGGACUGUAACCCUCCCAAAUGUAAGCACUGGCAGUGUCUACCAAGAGAGACCGUGAGACGCUGAAGCAGAGCGUAGCUGCUGUUCAGCAGGUCAUCUGCUCACUACGGCUCAGAUUGCAGUGUUCCCCAGUCUCAAAACAUGAACCAGUCCCGAUGGAUUGAAUGGAGGACUCUGAAUAUGAGCAGUAGUGUUCUGAACGUCUCUGAACAUCUCUCCUGCCCUCUUGGAUUUGGUCACUACAAUGCAGUUGACAUCUGUAUCCUUGAGACAGUUGUUAUUGUCUUGCUAACAUUCUUAAUUAUUGCGGGUAACUUAACUGUGAUAUUUGUUUUUCACUGUGCUCCACUUCUGCAUCAUUACACCACCAGCUAUUUUAUUCAGACCAUGGCCUAUGCCGAUCUUUUUGUUGGAGUUAGCUGCCUGGUACCUACUUUGUCACUGCUCCACUACUCGACAGGUGUCCACGAGUCCUUGAUGUGCCAAGUUUUUGGAUAUAUCAUCUCAGUGCUAAAAAGCGUAUCUAUGGCAUGCCUGGCUUGCAUCAGCGUGGAUCGCUAUCUCGCUAUAACAAAGCCUCUCUCCUAUAACCAGCUGGUCACACCUUGUCGCUUGAGACUCUGCAUCAUUUUGAUCUGGAUAUACUCUUGUCUGAUCUUCUUGCCUUCCUUUUUUGGUUGGGGAAAACCUGGUUACCAUGGAGAUAUUUUUGAAUGGUGUGCUACCUCCUGGCUAACUAAUGCCUAUUUCACUGGCUUUAUCGUGUGCUUACUAUACGCUCCUGCUGCCUUUGUCAUAUGUUUCACCUAUUUCCACAUCUUUAAAAUUUGCCGGCAGCACACCAAAGAGAUAAACGAUCGGAGAGCUCGAUUUCCUAGCCACGAAGUGGAUGCUGCUGGGGAGACUGGGCACAGCCCCGAUCGCCGCUAUGCCAUGGUCUUGUUUCGGAUAACCAGUGUGUUCUACGUGCUGUGGCUCCCCUAUAUCAUAUACUUUCUGCUGGAGAGCUCUAGGGUGUUGGAAAACCCAGCGCUUUCCUUCUUAACGACGUGGCUUGCUAUAAGCAAUAGUUUCUGCAACUGUGUGAUCUAUAGCCUCUCCAACAGCGUUUUCAGGCUGGGACUGCGGAGACUGUCAGAGACAAUAUGUUCAUCUUGUAUGUGUUUAAAAGACAGGGACGUACGGGACCCUAAGCCGAGAAAACGGGCUAAUUCCUGCUCCAUUUAAAGAAAAGUGGCGCAUGCGAUCAAACGCGGAGGUUUGAUAGUAUUUGCUGUACCUGGAAACUUGCCAGGAGAGAAAUGUUUACUUGAAUAGUUUGCUGUGAUGUUAGAGUGAGUUUCAAAGUGAUUGCCGAGAAGGCGAUGGCUGCUGUAAGAGGGGUCGCUGAGCUUGGGUAAAGCUCUUGUGCAGUUGUGAGCAGAGCAAUUCGACAGAGACAACCGAGAAAGUCAGAACUAAAAAUCUUCCAAAGGGCAUGAAAUAACUACCACAUCAGAGGAGGUUCCUCAUAAAAUAAGUUAGUUACUACCUUCUAUUUUCUCCCUUGUAGAAAAGUUGUCUUACUAUCUUUGUGUCAGAAUAUACUGUAGCCUUCUGAAUUUAAAUGUAUUUAAGAGGAAACAAUCAGCAACACAGUAAGUGGCUAUCCGUAAAUUAUAUACUUGAGGACCGUAGUAAAUAUUGCAGCUAAAUAAUCAGCUCUAUCUCUGCUCACAUCUUGUACAAUUUUCAGUUGUACGAGCAAUCCGCCGCGCAUAAAACCUACACUGGGCAUGACGCUUUUGGAUAAAAUGGCACAUUUUGGUACAAAUUCCACAGAAGCUCUCCCUCUCGUUUCCCCUUUUUCUUUUCCAUACUGUGCAUCCCUAGAUCCGAUCGUGUCCGAGUGGGUUAGUUUGAGGGCACCAAGGAGGUAACCGAGUUUCAAACCAUUUAUCCUGCAGAAAGCAAUAGCCCCUCCUGGCUGGCUGAGUAACUGCAGCUGCCGUGGACAAGGACUUCUUCAGUCUCUCCUCCUCUUGAUCCUGUUAAAUCAGCACACGGUAUCGAUGUAGUGUCCUUUAGGGUGUACUAAAGCUUCUCCUUUAUCGGCUACACAGAUAAUCCUAAUGCAAAUAUGAUAAUCGCACAGAACGGUGCGCAUCACUGCUUAGAAAAUUAAAACUAACCCUUAUCUUUGGGAAAUCUAAAUAGCUUACUGUCGUAGCUGUCAAUCCGUUGUGUGAACCUAGCUUGCACAUGCUGUAUUUUUUUUAGAGAAAAUGUAAAUUGUGGUCUGUGCCUAAUGUUUUCCUAGCACAUGGAAUAGGUCAAUGCUACAGGAUUGAAAAAUUACACUUGCUUUAAGAGAAAUACUUCUGUGCAGUUGUUGAAUAGCUGUUCGUUAGACAAGUGUUCUUGGAGGAGGUGAGCAAGACAGUUUAGUAUUAAAUACGGGCAAAAAGCUUCAGUAUUUCCUUUUGUACUGAACUGAUUUUCAGGUCCACUGAUGAAAUCUUUUUUAUUUUGCAAGGGCGCACAUUAGGUUUGUGUAAUAAAUUUCCAGGGGUUCAGAUGCAUGCUAGUCAAUAACAUAUUUAAAUUAUUAUUUUCAACCAAAUGUAAUUUUCUUAGAUGGUUAUUGGCUUUUUAAAAAGGCCCAAUUAUUGAUUAUUGGUGCCUUUUAACACUGCACUAUUAUUCCUUCUUUCACCAAAACACAUAUGUAAAGAUUGUGCCUAUUACUUUUUGUAAUGGAAGCUAACCACGCUUGCACACUUGUGGUUUGACUCUAGAUCUCCCUUAAUGAUGUAUUCUUUGUUCUGUUGAGGUGGUUCUGAACCCCUGUACAUUUUUUAAACCUGUAAGAAAGUUGAAAAAAUGGAAUAAAGUAGUAUUAUGUAUAUCAAAACCAGCCUUGGCUUUAGUUCCCUGAUGUCACGCUCCAUUUGCUGUGGAAGUUCUUUUGGGUUGGGGCUCAGGAGUGAACAAUUUAAACUCCAAACUCAAAGCUGCUUCCUUGCCAUCUUAAACAUUUAUAUACCAGUUUCUAGCAUUGUACACUCUUAAAAGCAGAUUGAAAUAGGACUUGAAACAUUCCUCUGUCUGAGCUGAGCCAUUGCUAAUGAUUAGCCUUGACAGAUACUGUGGAAAAAUGAGUUGUGUUUUUGCAUGUAUCUUGUAAUGCUCCAUGUCUACAGGAAUGUGUCGGCUGCCUUCUCUUGAGAAGCUGCUGAUUAUUUGGGAAGGCUCUCGUUGGCUGACUGCUGCUCUCUGAGGUUGUGUAACCCCGUCUCUUCUUACAAACACAACUUGGAUUCAGUUCGUUUUGUCACCACUUUGCCAUUGUUUCCUGCUUAGUAGGUCCUCAGCGUGCAAGACUUAGACAAGGAACAACGAAAUAAUCUCGUUUCUCACAACACAAGGGGCUGUUUUCACACCAAUAAAGUAGUUUUGUGUCUGUGCUCCAGAUCUGACCACUCACCGCUCCUGGUUUUUGUUGGUGAUCCUGGUAACAAGUUUCUGUGGGACCUCCUGAAAUUCAAGAACAGUUCUAGGAAAUGUUUGAAGUUGAACUAACCUUUUUAUUAAACCCAGCCUGAAGGCAGUAGAUACAUUGUUAACAUGAUACUAUAACUGCAAAUACGUAGAAUUAACAGAAGCAAACUCCUCUGGAUCGGCAGUGCCUUAGUCAAACCCUGCUUGUAGAACCUCAACAAAGAGUUGGCGCCCAUCAACUCAAAGCUUUAUUGCCUGCAAACGGCGGGUCAGAAAAGGGAGUUUCACUCCAGAGGCCGCGGCACAAGGUUUGCUCGCCAGCCCUAAAGGCAGAAUUAGCAAUACUUUUCAUUCCACCAUCGCCUGGAGUUCGCAGGUGGGACUGAAUAUUUUCUUUUCCUCAGGCCGCCCUGGGAGGGUGAGACUAGAGUAGAAAUCCAAUACCCUGCAAACAAACCAUAGGUUCCUAAGUUCUUUGUCCUUUUUUGGGGGUUUUAUUCUUAAAUGGUUGCUUAACGUUAUUGGUGCAAAGCUAAUUUGCUUAUCUGGACCCUGAGUUUCAGCUGCUGUAAAGUCCCACUUGAACCUGUUCUCUGUAAAUCCCAGUCGCCUGGAAUCUGUCCAAUUCAACACCCUCAGCAGAGUUAAAUACUGCGUUUCUUCUCGCUGUUUGCAAGGUGACGGUAUUUGUCCUGGUGGUCGGUCACAGGAAUUGUUCAAUUUAGUACGUGUGUUUUAUUUUUUUGAAAGCAUUUUCUAAAUUCAUGCUUUAAAUUUUUAUUUGAGGGAGGUUUGUUAUUGUUUUACUAAUGUUGUCUGAGGAUUCCAGCUGGUGCUGAAUUCUCUUCCAAAAUUAUAAGGCUGGAUGUUUCAAUGGAUUAAAAAAAGCCACCCAAUCUGUCACUUUUAAUUUUCACUCUGUCAUUAGAUAAAGUCUCAUGUUCUGGUAUAAAAAUCUUGAUUAAAGAAUGAGGCUUUUACAGCUGGUAUCUGGAGCACGUAUCCCACUUCCACGUGCCUAAAGAUCUUUAUGAUUAGUGAAAUACUUAGUAAAUAGGUGACCUGCCAGUGAGCAAAGAAAUCCAUAUCAAAAAAUCAUUGUUGAUACUAUAGGUAAUAAUAAAAGUCUCUCCAUAUACAGACACAUUGAGGGAGUCACUAAAACUUUAGGUUCCUUAAAAAGAAAAAGAAAGUAGCCGUGAGAUGAAAACGUAUGUUAAGUAUGAAAUAAAAAAAGGGUAAAGUGAAGAGAUAUACCUAAUAGGUGAGCAAAACAAAUACAUAUAUAUAUAUAUCUCUGAAAUUCGUGCAGGUAGAUGAUGAUGUGCUGCUCCAUUUCUCCGCAGUGCUCACGCCCGUAGUGUAACGGAGCCUCUGUCCAGGUCGAUUGAAUUGCUGGUUUGGAACCUUGUGUCUUCAGCCUAUGGAAAAGUGAAAAAACAAAUGGUGUAAUGGCAGCAAAAGUUUUUUCCACACCAAAUUCUGUGCGCUUCUUUAUUUUCUGGAAUGGCCAAGUGAAUUCCUUCUUAACUUUCUAUUCUUUAAAGGACAAGAAAACUGUAGUAAUGAGAAGCAGAGUGCUGUCUUUUAAAAGUUAACUUACUAUCUUACAGUAACAAUAUUUUUUCCUAUUUCUGCUUAAGAAUGCAUUUUGUAAUUGUUCAGAGUGUUUUGCUUUAUCGAGCCAUGUUUCUUAGAGACAGGUUAUAAAGACCUUUUAAAAAUAGCAUUUACAUUGUUUUUAUGAUUAUUUUUAAUAAUCCACAUCUUUCCAUUCUGUUGUCACUGGCACCAAGAGGAGAAGUUUGAGCCUUUGACUUCAUCCCCCCCGUUACCUCUGUGUCCCUUUAGGCAGUUUUACAGAUGGAGUGGUGUGUCAUUCUAGUAAAGAACUGAAUUAAGGUUUGUUUUUAAUUAAGAUAUUUUAUGUCAUUUGAAUGGCAAAACCAAACAUGACUUUGUUAACAAGAUGCCAAUUAAUUUUUAGGCCUUUCCAGAAAGGGAAGCAUCACUGGGGUGGUGUUUUCCCGCUAAUGUCAGCGUUGUCCACAACAUUGCUUGGAGAUAGUAUUUUCCAAAGAUUACGUGAGUUUUGCUAAGCCAAAUAUGAAGUUCAAGUAAAAUCUGUGGGUUUUUUUCCUAUUUAACAUAGACAUGUUGGAUUUUUUUAAUAUAUACUACAUUUAUACAUAGACGUCUGCAGUCAUUAAACAUUUUAAAUUGUUAACAAAAGGUUAUGUCAUUAUUGUAGAUUAGUGGGGUGAAAGCAGUGUAGAAGGAUAGUUAACGGUAGCUUCCUACUCACAAAUUUUUCUAGUCAAUCUUAAAUAAAAUGCCUCCUUACUCCAUCGGAUAUUAGGAAUAUUCUUCUAGCAAAUAAGAUCUGAGCUGUAAGUGCUGAAGGAACAGCGUGUGAAUGGAGAAGCAGCUGUUAAUGGCUCCGUGCCCCAGCACAGCCUGGAGGAAACACUCACAAAACCUCGCUUGUACAGCCCUCAUUUCUUUGGACUUUUCCUUUGUCCAACGCUGUGAAAGGCAGGGUGGCUAUAAGGAAACCCUGGUGCUUUCAGCUCUGCGAUGGGAGGGUGGGAAAAGCAAUUCCGGGCAGUAAAAAAGCCUGGAGAUCUUCGGGGUUUUAUCACAGUCUUACGCCGUCUGCUGCCAAACUUAACCCUCUCGAGAAGAAUGUGGCAGCAAUGCUGAAGGCUUCUUGUUUUAAUCACCGGCUGCUCGGUUUGAACAAAGAGCAGGUGAUUCGGAUCGAAAUGAAACUCUUGUAAGUGCAGUGAUUAGCAGGGAAAAAGAGCUUCAGUUUUUCUGUGCAAUGUUCAUCCUGCCUCAAAGCUCACAGUCUAAAUUUUUGCGAGCGGCAGCAUUGAAAAAGUGACAAAACGUGAAGGUUUGGAGAAGGGGAAGCUCAGAGAUGUCAGUGUUAAUCUGCGAGGGCAUUUCUGCUUUUUGACAGCAUUGCUUUUUGUUUAAUUGUUUUCUUUAAGUGAAAUACAUACUGCUUGUUAUUUGAAUGAGCACAAAUUCUUUUAAUCACAGAACAAGUCCAUUUUAUGAGAGAUUUAAAUGAAGAAUAGGUUAAGUAUCCCUGGUAGAAAACUAAGUAUGUUACUUGUUAAACAAGUAGUACUAUGAAUUUCAAACACUUUGGACAGGAAAGUCUUCAAAUAGCUGUACCAGGUGAAGGUUUCUAGUGCUUAUAUGGUCUCUGCAGUGUUAUUUAUGCUCUUGCCUGCGUUAUUUAGAAGUUCCUCUCCUGUAAGAUCUACAUUUAAAAUUGUAAAUGGACAAAUGAUAUUUUCCAUGAUCAGGUAAAUUUGUUGUGACCUAAACCAGACGCUUGCUGCAUGCACAGGUUUUGGUGUUUGUUAGGUGAUCAUGGCACACAGGUUCUCAUCAGCUGUUUGACUGCAGGGAGGCAAAUGUAGGGUCUGUGUACUGAGGCAGAAGAGCUUGACCAUUCCUCACAUGGACUGCUCCUCAUCUGGUGCAAAAUGACUCCAUCAGGUGAGCCCAGGUAAGGUGGUGGCUUUGUGAGGGCAAACAUGACACCAGGUGACCUUAAUUUAGUCGUUUUGGUAUUUUACCUUAAUGCUCCUGUGUUACCCUAUCUCCAUUUCACACCUGUGCUUGAAUUACAAUCAUCACCUACAGCUGAGAUCUCUCUCAGUCCAGCAUGCUGUUUAAACCCCUGGUUCCCAUUCUUUGCCGAAACCUGGGGUGGUUUGAAGUGUUACCCUUCCAGCCGCAGAACGAAACGCUCCUUGCAUCGCCUCCUCAUCCUCGGUUAUUGCAGGUCAGUCAAAAUGCGGUGCAACCCCAUUUUUGGCUGUGGGUAGGGCUGUAUGGUACGGAAGGCUGGUGUGGCUGGAUCCUGUGUGUGUCCUGUCCAUGUGCUGUUACCAGGUGGAGUUACCCGUCUGGCUUAGCUGAAGGCAAUAAUGAUUUUAACAGCCUCAGCUUCAUUUAGAGCUUUAUUUAGUAGGGUUUUUAAUGGUAAGGAAAGUUGUUGUAACUUAAAAAAAAGAGUAAUGAAUUAUUCGGUCAAGAACAAAUUAGUCUUUUUCAUCUAUGCUGAACAGGAUCUUCAUAAGAGAAUGUUAUUAUAAUCAGAUUUUGGGCGCUACAGUUUUUAUAAAGAGUUUUAAUGCAACUGUGCAUAAGGGUUGUAAACAGUCAUAUAAUGGCCAAGUUUCAGUGGCAGCUUUUUCUUCACUUCAAGGGUUUUGGGACCAUUUUGUGGAUAGAGCUGGAGAAGUGCUCAGUGUGUGCUAACAUUAGCAAAGCCAAAGCAGCAAACAGGGCCUACACAGGAAAGACCUUUAGCUCAAACUAUUUCCUCUGUAAUAUUGGCUACUUAAUAUUGCUCAGGCAAUAUUUUGUGUUGGCUUAUGAAGAUCACCUAUAGAGAUCUGAUAAAUAUAAGCAUAACUACAUGCUAUAAUAAUUAAAUUGCUUUUAAGAUUUUUGAUUUUUCAACUUGGGAAUUUUAGAGACCAAUUAAUUAUUUUCUUUUGCUGGCUCUGCUUUACUUGGUCUCUGGCUUUGAGAUUUUCUUCGAGUUCCAUUUCAAAUUAGAAAUUCAGUUUUGCUGUUACGUAGAUGUGUUCUUCACUUGACUCCUAUAAAAACCUUGAGAAGAAUAUUAGGAAGAUGAUGUCUUUGAAGGGAACUCCAUUUAGCCUUAAAUCUAUUGAGGCUGCAUUUCAUUGUAUCUAAAAUGCACUAUUGCUGUACCUUGUUUACUAGAUUUCAGGUGUCUUGGCAACAAGCCUCGUUGACAGAUGACAAGUUCUCCAACCGCUUCUGUUGGGCUGAAAGACCAUUUGCCACUGAUUUUAUUUGUCAGGGUCGCUAACUAAAGAAACUCUGUUUUGGUGGUGAAUCAGUAUUUUGGAUGCCAUUUAUGGAGAUACUUCAUCUGUUGUAUUAAGUACAGUUGGAAGUGUUGUCCCUGUUAUCCCUGUGCGUUUGCUCAUUUCUUCUGGUUUAUCCUGGCUUGGGAAGCUUUUUUGGGGAAAAGGAUGUCUGUGAUGGUUGGUUGUUGAUACAAAUGUGCUUUGGCAAUCAUCUUAUUUUAUGAAUUUUGCUGCAUUAGGUCUGUCUGCAUUUCAAAAAUAAAAAUCCUAGCAAAGUGCUCUUGUAAUAA